AUGGUGGGCUCCAGACAUACCCUCCAGGAGCUCUAUGUUGUUUCGGAACUCGCGGAGACCGACUUGGCUUCUACCUUUAGGUCUUCUCAGAUGCUGACAGACGAUCACUAUCAGCUGGCAUUGGGAACUCAUUCUACCUUUGGGGUCAUUCACCGGGACUUGAAACCAAGAAACCUGCUGGUGAAUAGCAACGCCCGGCCUCAAGGUAUAUUGCCAUGUAUUUCACUACGGAUCUGCGACUUUGGCUUGGCCCGAGUGCGCUUCUCCGACAAGGAGUGGGGCUUCACUCGCUUCGCUCGCUUCACUCGACCGCUGCCGCGUGGUGCCUCUUGUCCCUGCGACAGUGCGCCAAGCUGCGGCAGAGGAUGUAUUCUUCGAGGUUCAUGCGGAGGAGCCGAUAGAGACGGUCCAUCUGACGGGAGGAGCCUCAUCUGCAGAACCCUUUCUCUGGAAAUCCCAGCUCUUCUUCGCGCAGCUCCGCGCGCGCCCGCCACCACUGCUCGUAGCUGUACGACUUGGACAGAUCGUGGCUGUGCAGCAUCUUGCGCAAUGCCCCUGGCAGCCCUGUCAUCUGCUGGGAUUCAGCUGUGA